AUGAUUGGUGGUCGAAAGCGCGCGCUCUCGUUCAGUUGGAGGCUACGUGGGAUACCGGGAGGAUCGGAUGAGGAGCGCGUCAAGAAUCUCGUACAGAGUGCGCUUGGGUGCUCCGACGAUGUGGCUAUCCGAGUGCGUUCGUUAGCUGACGAUCCGUACCCCGACGAUGACGAAAUGAUGGCGACGUUGGAGUUUUCAAAGAUUCCAGAGAUGCUCGUCCAGGGCUCUCGAGAAAUCAACGUCGUUGUUGACGGUUGCGAGCUUGUUUUCGACUCGGACUUCUUCGAUUUCACAACGCUCCAUACGCCAGCAGGGAAGGACUGCACCAUCGAUAUUGUUGCGGUUUCAGGACUAAAUGGCCACGCGCUCGGGUCUUUCAAGCGGAGAAAUGGCAAUUGGAUAUGGCUGCGAGAUGCUCUCGCCCAGGACCUCCCAAGUUCUCGGGUACUCACCUUUGGACUAGACACGCAGCUGAUCAACAGCGAAUCGUUCCAAAACAUUGCCGACCUCGGUGGAAGGCUACGUACUGCCUUGAGGACUAUUCGCGCGGAUCCGAAGAGGCCCUUGGUUCUCAUCGGUCAUAGCCUUGGAGGUAUCAUCGUGAAAGAGGCGGUCAAUCUGAUGGCAAGGAGUCAGAUGCAAGUUGACCAAGCCUCCUUCCACGCCAUUACGAGAAUCAUGUUCUUCGGGGUUCCCAAUCAAGGUAUGGCUAUCAAAUCUUUGAGGUCAAUGGCCGGAGAUGGCCCCAAUAGGGCACUUGUAGAGUCUCUGGGCCCGAACUCUGUUACCCUUCGAACCCAAAGCCAGGCCUUCCUAGAGAUAUUCGACUCAAACAUGGCUUUCCAAGUCGUCAAUUUCUACGAGACCAAAAUGUCACGAACUGCAGUGCAAGAUGAGACGACACAAAAAUGGACCAUGUCAGGCCCUCUUGAUAUUCUAGUCGAGCCUCACUCUGCGACGCAUGGACGGCCGCAUGACGCGGAAAAUCAUCACAUCCAUGCGGUUGACUGUUCUCAUAGCGAUCUCGUAAAAUUCUCGGGUCGUAAAGAUGGCACCUACAGGGUUGUCGUCAAUCAUCUGAAGAGGAUGCAGGAUUUCAAGCCGCGGGAGACAAAGUCUUCAGAACAGAUGGAAUGGGAGAGAAAUUGCUUACACUCCUUGGCCUUUGUUGAGCAGCACAUACGCGAGGCUCAGCUCAAUCCCACCCCUGGGACCUGCCAGUGGCUGCUCAACCACGAGGCCUUCACAACAUGGCGCCAUAGACCAGAAGGUCUACUCUGGAUACGCGGACAACCAGGUUCCGGCAAAUCAAUGGCCAUGAAAGUACUACUGAAUCACAUGAAAUCUACCACAGAGCCGGACACAUGUCUGCUCUCCUUCUUCUUCCACGGCCGAGGCGUCCCGUUGCAGAAAACUCUACUGGGGCUUUACAGGUCCCUUCUGCAUCAACUCUCACAAGAAUUUCCGGUCAUCCUUGCAAAUCCAACUAAAAUCUACAAGCAGAGGACUGAAGUCUCUGGAACAGUGGAUGAGAAAUGGGCCUGGACAUGCGAAGAUUUAUUGGAUCACCUUGCCCACGGCCUCAACAUAGUCUCCCGAGACUUCUCCAUCACUAUUCUCGUGGAUGCUUUGGAUGAGGCGGGGGAGACGGAAGCGUACGCCAUCGUGAAAGCAUUCAAGACACUCUUGGCAACUAGCGAUCACCAGCCACAGCUACGGAUAUGUUUCUCAUGUCGGCACUAUCCGCAAAUCACUCUGGACGGAGGAAAUACCAUCGUCAGCGAGGAUUUCAAUGGCGAUGACAUCAGCAAUGCCAUUGAAUCCGGCAUGAACGAACUCCAUUUUACUCGAACAGAAAAGGAACGAUUACGGUCUGACAUUUUGGAGAAAUCCAAGGGUGUUUUCCAGUGGACUUCGAUUGUGCUUGAGAAAACAAUGCACUUCGAGACACGCGGCUACUCAUUUGAGGAAGCCCUGAGGCUGGUACGAGAGGUCCCGGCAGACCUGCAUCGUCUCUAUGAAUCCUUGCUACGGCCCAUGCAAGACUCUUUGCCAACCCAGUCGGAACGCCACAUUCACGAACAGCAACAGACUCUCAAGCUUUUCCAAUGGGUUCUGUUUGCGAUCCAGCCCUUAACACCCAAGGAACUCCAGCACGCACUUGCAUUCGAUUGGCGCAUGGAUCAGAAAUCAACCUCCGAGUACCAGAACGGGCAAGACUUCAUCUGCGAGGACAAGCUGGCUCUCCGGAUCAAAGACCUGUCCAAAGGUUUGAUCCACAUAUCCGGAUCACUCUCUUUGGGUCAGGUUCAGUUCAUCCACCAAUCCGUUCCGGACUUUCUGCUUGGUUCCAAAGAUACGCUACAAAGACUCUCUCCUGAUCCCACCACUCCAAUGGCAUGGCUCGCGCAUUUUCAAUUGUCGAGGUCCUGCCUAAAAUACUUGCUCAUGCAGGAAGUCAGAGAAGCAUUUGACCAGAGUAUAGACACGCCUGGUAGUGAUGAUGCUGACGCGUUAAGGAAAAUGCGAAUUUCGCGAUACCUUGCCGGUCGCCAUUUGCAGAAACUUCCACUUCUACUAUACGCAUGGAAAAGCUGGGUGCUCCACACCGAGAGUGCUCAAAGACAGAACUUUGAGGUUCCGGAAAAGUUUUCCAUACAAGAUCCUCUUCGCUCCGUUCCAUGGGAUAGUGACAUCCUUCGUCGGCCUCUUGAUCCAUAUCUGGGAGCGAUCCUGGGUGAGCCCAUAACGGAGUACCUCGGAAACCGUGACCGGCAAUACUUCGAAAUCACUCGCAUAAUCCAACCCUUUGCUUAUUGCGGAUUAAUUGACUGCAUUCGAAACCUGGUUAACCUUCGGCCGGCUUCUUUAGAAGAUAAAGGUACAACGCGCAGCACUCGUGGAUAUACACCGAUAUCAUUCGCUAUCGGGGGCCGGCAGAAACCAACCGUCCGUGUCUUGUUGCAGCUUGGAGCUGACCCGAACCCCCGUCCAAAAAAAGCUCUUUCACCACUCUGUCUUGCAUGCGAGUGGGGUGACCUCGAUGUCAUUUCUUGGAUUGUCGAAGCAGGGGCCGACAUCCACUGUCGUAGAGGAUCGAAUACACCACUCCUUUCCGCGAUGUACGCUGGCCACGAUCACGUUAUUGAUUUUCUCGUCAAUGCGGGAGCAAACGUCAAUCAACAGAACAAAGACGGGAAAACAGCACUACAUAUAGUCGCAGACAGCAAAGAUCCAAAUCUUGAUGUGCUUAAAAGCUUGAUACGUCAUGGUGCGUCUAUAGGCCUACGAGAUCGGGAACGUCAGACUCCGUUACAUCUGUCCGCGUAUUACAGCUCCACGCCAGUCUUCAAAGUGCUCCUGGAAGAAGCCAUCAAGUUUGAGAGCAUGAACAAGAAGAGUAGACGAAAUGGACAGCUAGCCGUCUGGAAGAAGUCGAAGGAAGACCGCCAAGGCAUUUCCAUCAUCAACUGGCAGGACAAAAAUGGUAAAACCCCUAUAUUUCACGCCAUUCUCCGUUACGACUACGAACGCUUGCAGUUGUUACACGAUGCUGGAGCGAACCUCAACAUCAGAGAAAAGUUCGGAAAAACCCCGUUCAUGGAAGCUGCGGUGUACGGGUGUCACGACGCCAUCCGAUUUUUUAUCCAGGCUGGCGCGGACGUUAACGAGGUGAAUUCGUACGGGAACACAGCUCUAAUGCUCGGCGUCGAAUUCGGACAAUCGAGCGCGGACACACUGGGCCUACUCAUCCGGUGCGGAGCACAAGUGGACUUGAGAAAUAACAAAGGACGAUCACCACUCAUGGCAGCUGCCGAGAACUGGAAACAUGAGGAAGCUGUGCUUUUGAUCAAGCUUAGGGCAGAAAUCGACGCACGAGAUGAUCAGGGGAUGACGCCAUUGCUAUAUGCGGUAGAAGACCGGUUCUGGAAACCUGAAAGAUGGUGGGUUAGUUAUUCGAAUGAAGACUGUAUCCGAAUGGUUGAUCUUCUCCUCAAUGCUGGAGCAAAAGUAGAUGCGGUAGAUAAUUCUGGGAGGAACGCGCUGUUCUAUGUCCGCGAUGAGGAGGGAAGGCCUUUGUUCAGGAGACUUCAAGAGGCAGGGUUGCAGGAAGUGUUGGGGAGGGAUUCAGAACCAGCAUAUAAAACCCAAAAGAUCAAAAGGGGAGUUUGGAGGCUUCUCGCACCUUUCAGGAAGAAACCCGCAGAUUAG